AUGGCAGGGGGGUCGGAGCCCAGGCCACCAGAGGGCGAGAUGUGCUGCGUGUGCCAUGAUGCCUUCGCCCUGCCCACCCAGGCCAACUGCGGCCACUGGUGCUGUGCGGAGUGCAUCCUGAGGGUGUGGCAUCACAGCUCGGCUCUCGUCCCCUGCAAGUGCCCCAUCUGUCGCCGCACCAUCACUCUCCUCCUCCCCUCCCACUCCGUCCAAACAUCGCCGCCCGCCCACCCAGCCACACAACCAAUGCCCUCCCCUGAUCCACCCGCACCUGCUUUGGAUGACCAGCAAAGGGCGACUUGUACCCUUUCUACACCUGAUCGAGCUAGACCCUCUUUGGAGCAGCGAACGGAAUCGCAAGGAGCAGUUUCUUCUAAACCCGUGGAGACUCAGCAGAGAGAGUCGCUUAGGCCUUCUCCCUCCUCCAGUUCUGAAGCUUCUCAGCAGCAGCAGCAGCAGCAGCAGCAGGUGGAGGAGGAGGAGGAGGAGGAGCAGCAGCAGUACCACCGCCCACCGGAAUCAGCAGCAGCGGAAGCAGGGAAUCCGAACGUUGUACCAUCAACAGGCCGCACUGCUGCUCCUGAGCCAUCAGACCCUGACCGUCUUUCUGACGGCGCCCAGCCUCUCUCUCCGGAGCAUUCUCUUGAGCUCCUGAGGGAGGUGGCGCGCUACAACCGGCUCUUUGGAGGGGUGCCAGUGUCGCUGUGGCAGGUGGCUAUUGUUUUCGUGUAUGUUCUGUCACCAUUUGACCUCAUACCAGAAUUUGCCAUGGGGAUCGUGGGUCUCUUAGACGACUUGCUCCUCCUCCUCUGCCUCGCCUUCUACCUCUCCCUCAUCUACCGCCACGCUGUCCUUGCAGCAGCCUCUGUCCUCCCUGCCGGCCCCGCCCGCUCCAUCCCCUUUACAAGCCUCUUCGCGUGUGGGGGAGAGCGGGGAUCGGAGAGCUGGGAAGCGGGCAGGUUGAGGGGUGGGGGAGGGGAGAGGGUGUAUGGGGACGAUACCAGGGGUUCGAGAUAA